ACAAUGCGAAAAGGGAAGUUGAAAGAAGUGGGAGAGCGAGAUCGCUGAGCCUUAUGAAAUCUAACGUUUCAGCAGCUGGUUGGAUACUCGACACACUGUGAACAUACGUUGAAGUACUGCAAAUACUGUCCUGGAGAUACCUUUACCAUUAACUACGCUCCUGUUUUUGAUAGGUGUUUUUCUACAGUUUUUCACAUCCCGGGGACGAGACCAGACAGUGUGACAUGGCAAGUAGAGGCGGAGCCACGCGACCCAAUGGGCCAAACGCAGGCAACAAGAUUUGCCAGUUCAAACUCGUGCUUUUAGGAGAGUCCGCGGUGGGAAAGUCAAGCCUUGUACUUCGUUUCGUUAAGGGUCAGUUUCAUGAAUUCCAAGAGAGCACAAUUGGAGCUGCCUUCCUGACUCAGACGGUAUGUUUGGACGACACAACAGUCAAGUUUGAGAUCUGGGACACGGCCGGUCAGGAGCGCUACCACAGUCUGGCUCCCAUGUACUACAGAGGUGCACAGGCAGCCAUCGUGGUCUACGAUAUUACAAAUGAGGAGUCAUUUGUACGGGCAAAGAAUUGGGUUAAAGAGCUUCAGAGACAAGCCAGUCCAAAUAUCGUAAUAGCCCUGGCUGGGAACAAGGCUGAUCUCGCAAACAAGAGAGCACUGGACUUCCAGGAUGCACAGUCAUACGCAGAUGACAACAGCUUGCUUUUCAUGGAAACAUCAGCGAAGACCUCUAUGAACGUGAAUGAGAUUUUCAUGGCCAUUGCAAAGAAACUACCCAAGAAUGAGCCUCAAGUGACCGGAGCCAGCACCGGACGGAACCGGGGAGUGGACCUGACAGAGACUGCUCAGCCCACCAGCCGCCCAUGCUGCGCUAACUAACCCAGCUCUUCCUGCUCAUGCUCCCCACACAAAUGCACUCUCCUCCUUCUGGCUCCUCCCUUCCUUCUCACCUGAACAACAUCUGGACAUCGGGCUGCUUGGCUUUCUGACGUCAGACCUGACUUCAACCUCACUCCCCUGGAAUAGCUAAAAGACUCUGUAUAGCUGCAUUUCUAAUCCUUUUUUUUUUUUUUUUUUUUUUUUUUU